AUUUCGAUGAUUUUUAAAUAUGUUGUAGAAAUCAACAUUUUGAACAACUUUUUCCUAUACAUAUAACCAUCGCUCGGCCUUAAUUUCCGAGAUAUUUGCACUCUUUGUUCAAUUAAAAAACUUACAAGUCCUCAAUCAUAGAUUGAACGACAGUGGUUGAAAACCGGCUUACUAAAAUACAGUAAAGGCAAAACUAAUUGAUUAUUAACGCAAAACUGAUCUCAUAGCUCAACAUCCAAUGUAAUCAAACGCUAACACAAUCCCGUAGCUCAGCGAAUAGUGUAAUCAAACGCAAAAUGUAUCCAUACUCGCUCACUUCCGUUUGAUUACAUUUAAAAGUGAAAAACGAAACCAGAAUGGUUUUUAACCAUAAAAUAAAUCAGUGUAUCAUAUCUAUCGCAUAUAGUCAAAUAUUCACGCAAGUUCAUUUUUAAUCCUUUAAAAACAAUCCGUUCAGUAACGACGUCAGUGUAAACUAAAUUUUCUCUGAGCCUAAACAAUCACGUAAACAAUCGACAAUUGACGACUCCACGCUUAGAAGCACGUUGCCACAGCGCGUAGCUAUACGCAAUAUUCAUCGUUUUAGUAGCAAUGGUAUUUUACAAAUAUCUCGGAAACUAAAGCCGAGCGACGGUUAUAUGUAUAGGAAAAAAUUGUUCAGAAUGUUGAUUUCUACAACAUAUUUAAAAAUCAUCGAAAUCCGUGAGGAUAUACCUGUUCUCUAUAAUUACCAAACUAUCAGUGUGAAGUGUUGCCCGAGACAUUGUUAGAACGUCAAAACGAAGUGUAUUUCGUGUCUCUCCAGUUACUUGUUGAAUUAUUAUAUAUUCAUUAAGAUUCAAACUGAACCCUCAAAUAAUAUUUUUCGACCUCUACUAGGUUCUUCUUUAAUAACCUAUUCGCUGUUACAAUUUCAUGUUGAAAGGUAUACAAAACUCGUACCGUUUGUGCACCAUAACCAAAUUUUUGUACAAUAACAAUCGAUAUGGAAAUAAAUAAUUCACCUGGCGAAUCAAUAAAGAGAAGCACAAAAAAGAAAAGACCUAGGGUACUCUCGACAUCUUCAGACAAGGAUUUUGUUCAUGCUAAAAAUGAACCACUAGAUAAUGAAGAGUACCAAUCCGCCAUGGAGGAAGAGGUUUCUGACUCUGAAUCUUCACCAGAGGAGAAUGAAGGAGAUACGGAAUGGCAGAAAAUAGGAAAAAGAAGUUCAAUAAUAAGUCAAUAUUCAGAAGAAGAGAAACGUCUAAUUGAAAACGUUAAUUGCGAUAAUCCUUUUGCUCUAUUCAAAGUAUUCUUCACUGACUACAUAGCAGGAAUGAUAAUCGAAGAAACGAAUAAAAAUGCUGAACACAGUAUAAAAUCUCUAUCGAGCAGAAGAAGACACCAACAGGCCUGGCAACCCGUUACAAGAGAUGAAAUAAAUACAUUUUUUGGUAUAUUGCUAAUCAUGGGUGUUGUGCAAUUACCAGAAAUUAGGCUAUACUGGUCUAACAAGCCCAUGUAUACAAACAUGUGCAUAAAAAAUAAUAUAAAACGUGAUCGUUUUUUAUCUAUAUUGAAACAUUUACAUUUCUCGGACAACACAACAGCUGAAACAGAAGACCGAUUGCGUAAAAUUAGAAAUAUUGUAGAGACAAGUGUUCUGUAUAAUAACGAAAAAAAGGUUGUUGAAUUGUCCAAUCAACUGUCAUCUUACUAUAGUUGUUUGCGGAAAACAAUUAAGUGGUACCAAAAAAUUAUAAUACAAUUAAUAUGCGGGACAUGCCUAAUAAAUGCGUGGUAUAUAAAUCAAAGAUGGGGUACCAAGUACAUUACUAUUUUAAAAUUUAGGGAACACAUUAUUGAUCAGCUGUUAACCAAUGUUCACGACAUCAAACAAAUGAAUAUUGAAAAACCAGUAGUUUCAAAGAAAGUUUCACAUUUUCUCGAAUCAUAUAAAGAAUCUGCAAGAAAGUCAAGAAAAAGAUGUAAGCAAUGUUACAAAUGGUUAUGCGAAACGAAGGGUAGAGAUUAUGCCACGAGAAAGGCAAAGAAGGUGACGACAUAUUGCAAUAGUUGUAAAGGCCAGCCAGCACUCUGUUUGAAAUGUUUUCAAAAAUUACAUAGUUAAGGUAAACGAUAAGUCAGGAUUAUAAUAUUCAAUUAUCUUUUUACAACCGAAUUGUUGUUAUUUCCUUUUAUAAUAUUCAGAUAAAAUAAACUAGCUCCAACUUUUUUCCAAUUAAUAUACGUUAAAUUUCCAUUAUUUAAGUUUUCAACCAUAUGGCAAUAUUUUCUAGUUCAGAGUUGCAAUGAGGAAACGGGACUGAACCAAAUUGUCUGUCUGUACGGUUGCGUCAAGUCACGUUUUCACUUUAGCUUAACUUUUGUUGCCUUCUGUUUCCUUCUUUUCGUAUUUAGUUUUAAGAUUGUACAGGGAGAUCGAGGGAACUUUGAUUCUGUCUAUCUCCCUCGGGCCUUUACUCGCAGCAACCUCCACGUGGUAAGGCCUGGCAAUCGGUAUUACUCGUGACGAAAGGUUGUUCGAACGAUCCUUCGUUGCGAGUAAUAGCGAGCUAAUGGUUGCGAACUUGUAAUAAGAUCUUUAGAUUUAGAUUAGCAUAGGAGAUCUUUCAAUUAUCAAACCACGUGUGUGUGUAUGUAGAUAUGUAUAGUAUAUUCAUAUACUGUAUGAAAAUAUGCACCAAAGUAUUGAAACUAACGAAUUUCAUCACAGACGUUACUUUUUCCGUUGCAAUAUCGAUUACUAGAGCGACAAUUUUACAAUAUUACAUCACUUGCAAAUAUGAUAAUCACAAACUCAUACACACCGUUAGAUUUAGAAU